AUGACAACCUCGAUAGCACGCACACAACGAGCCUUCGUACUGCCUGUAGUCGGAGGUCCAGCAUCACUUGUUAUUGAUCAUCCUGUCGUCCAACCCGAUGAUUUGUUACCUGGGCGGUGCCUUGUUCGUCUGACACAUUCCGGUGUUUGCCACUCCGAUCUUGGAAUAAAGAACAAGGAGUUUCCGAACUUGCCAAAGGCCAACCUCGUUGGUGGACAUGAAGGUGUAGGUACUGUUGUAGCAAUUGGCGCUCACACGAUCGGAAGCAAAGUUAAAGUUGGAGACCGUGUUGGCAUUAAGUUCCUUGCUACCGCUUGUCGCAACUGCGAGUUGUGUUUGAAGGGAUUUGAAGGCCAUUGUCCGGAAUUCUUGGGGCAUGGGAACGAUGUAGACGGCACGUUCUGUGAAUACGCCGUUGCUUAUGUCGAUUUUGUGACUCCCAUCCCAAACGAAGUCGAUAGCAGUGAUGCAGCAGCAAUUAUGUGUGCGGGUUUUACGGUAUACAGCGCUCUGCGGCAGAGCGGCUUAGCUAUCGGUGAAUGGCUUGUAAUCCUCGGAGCAGGAGGCGGGCUUGGACACCUUGCAAUCCAAUAUGCGAUCGCUAUGGGACUUUGUGUCAUUGCCAUUGACACUGGUUCCGUCAGGAAAGACCUUUGUCUCUCCCUUGGUGCCUCGGCAUUCUUCGAUUUCCGCACCUCGACGAGCCUCAUCGCGGAUGUGAUCGCAGCUACGCACGGCGGCGCACAUGGCGUUCUAGUCACUGCUGGUAACAGUGCGGCAUACAAUUCGGCGUGCAUGUACCUACGCCCAACAGGUACCUUGCUUGUUGUCGGCCUACCGCCGGGCGCUAUGCUUCAAGUUCCUGUAAUCCUAGUUGGUGGUCGAGGUCUAAACGUAAAGGGGGUGUUUAUCGGCAAUCGGAAGCAUGCAGUGGAGGCUAUUGAGCUUGCAGCUGCAGGCAAGGUCAAAGUGAAGUACACCCUACGAGGGUUAUCGGAGUUGAAUACUGUUUACGAAGAAAUGUCAAGAGGAGAGAUAGUCGGAAGGGUAGUACUCGAGAUCGACAAGUAA